AUGUAGACAGUUUGUGGGGGUGUGUGUGGCUGUGGAAGACUGCCGUGACCACAUGUUCCAGAGCAGCCUUUAUAAGGGUCAUCCCAGGUGAGGCUUUGGCUUGAGAGGAAAGUAGAAUGCAAGUGGUGAUCACUGAGCAUCUAAAAGGAGGACGUGCAGGGAUGAGACCCAUGGACCACAGUGUGCUGAAAUGUUGUCUCUUCUCUCUACUCUUGCUAACAGUGUCUGCAGCAGACCCUCCAUCCAAUGCAGCCAUUUUAGCUAGUGAAAUGACUCCAGACAAUGCAUCCAAUACAGCCAGUACAAACCAACCAUCCAACACAGCCAGUACAAACCAACCAUCCAACACAGCCAGUACAAACCAACCAUCCAACACAGCCAGUACAAACCAACCAUUCAACACAGCCAGUACAAACCAACCAUCCAACACAGCCACUUCAUCCAGGGCAACGACACCCUCCUGUACAACACGUCGAUGUCUGGCCAGCAUGCUGAUUGCGAAAGAAGCUCUGAGUCAGCCACAGUCUCCAUCAUGCAUCUCAAAUAUCAGUGUGCCGUUAAUAGUGUAUGAAACUCUGUCUGUCGACACAAAAGAUCUCCGCUUCGAGAGUCAUCUGCAAGUUAUGUUGUCUUGGGAAGACCCUGAUUUAUCAUGGAACACAUCAGUCUAUCAUCAUGAUAUGGUGGUCCUGCCUGUCAGCAAAAUCUGGACUCCUGAACUCCAUGUGACUAAUGGAGUGCAAACAACGAUGAAGCACGGCAACAAGGAUUUGCUGGUGCACAGCAACGGGACUAUAGAGCACAUGGUCAUCAUGAACACUGUGGUGGGCUGUGAGGUCAAUCUGUACAACUACCCCUUCGCUUCAGAUUUCUGCCCCAUCGCCAUCAAUGUAUGGGCACUUAAAGGAUGUGGCAUGUUCCUGAACUUCAGGAAUGUGAGCAAAACUAGCGCAAACCGUGGGGACUGGCUAACCGAGGAGGUGGAACUCAACACUAAAGGAGGCAGAGAUGAUCGCAACUAUCUAUGGGUGUCGCUGAAAAUGCGGUCUGAAAACCCCUUUCUGUCCCUGGUCCUGCCCAGUAUACUGAUCAUUGUGGCAGAUGUGGUGAGCUUCUCCCUGCCACUGGGAGGGGGCGAGCGUAUCUCAUUCAAGGUUACACUGGUUCUCAGCUUCAUCAUGUUCCUCAUCAUCCUCAACGACCUACUGCCUGGAGGAGGCCAGUGCAGCCCCAUCAUCCGAAAGCACUUCUGUUUCUGUUUGGUCAUCCUGGUGUUGAGCACGUUGCAGUCUAUGGUGCUCACACGCCUGGCUAAGUGUGGCACUCUCUGGCCCUGCAGCCUCUCCAAGUCCAAAGACUCACUGCUUAAAGACACAGACAAUGAAGAGGCCUCAGAGGAAGAGAAGAAUACAGCCCUCCAGAAGGUGGUGAAGUUUCUCAACAAAAUGGCUGCACAAGACCAGAAAAAUGCUAUACACCAUCGCUUUGCCAACAAAGUGGACUUGAUCUGUUUCUGUAUCUAUCUCACUGUCCUCAUUGUUUACUCAGUCAUCAUUUUAUAUUUCUCCUUUGGUUCUCAAUGUGAGAUCAACCAAUUAGAAUUCUGGUCAUAA